ACCCAACCCAUUUUUUAACUGUGUGCCAACUUUGAUUACUCAAGUAGAGUGAUUCAGACUUUUGUGAUAGAAGCUUCAGAGUCGUGUCUUUCAGAAGAAACAGAAAAAAAAAUAAUAAAAUAAAUGUAUUUGGGUAUGGACAGUUUACAUUGAUGAACAACAAUAUGGGAAAAUAUGGUUGUAAAUAUACCGGAUUGUAGCAGAGCUGCUAAUUUGCCUCUACAGUCCUUAGGAUCAUGCAUAAGCUCCAAAAUAUUCAUGAACAAUAUUCAAUUUACUUUGGCUAUUUCCUAAAUAGGCGUUUGUUGUUGUUGUUGUUUUGUUUUGUUUUUGUUAAAAGGCUGAAAUUAUAAGAGGUGAAAACAUUGCACUAAUUCCAAAACUGUGAAGACUAGUCUUUUGUGGUGUUAUUGUAGUUUUGUGGUUUUAUGUAUGAUUGUGUUAUAUAAGUGGUACCUUUCCUCGAGAGCAUGUUCAAUUGUUGUCGGUGCAUCUGUAACCUGUUUAUCAUGUUUUUUUUUUUUUUAAUAAAUAUUUCCAUGAAUAAAGUUUAAAAAAAAAAAAAAAAAAGUCCUCCAUUUCUAUGAAUCAUGUUGUCAAGACGCGGCUGGUCCCACAACAAAGUAUCGCGUGAACCAGCGCCGCGAGAUUACAGCAUAGGGAGGGCUGCCUGCCUGCAUGGAGAGCUGGAAAAGACAAAACAAAAGCCACACAUUUGAACUCACAGGCGCUGGUCGCUUUUUAGCUUUUGUAAAACCAAAACAAAUUUAAUUCAUUAUCAAUAUAGGUAUUUUUUCUCCUUUUGUUUGACGGCAAUAUUCUCAAAGUCUUGCAUCAUGCCGAGCAGCACGUCUUUGCUGGAGGCCGAAGAGGGAGAGUCCGAGGUCCCGCCGCCGCUAGUGCACGCUUUCGCCGGUAUGGGCCUUGAGGAGCACCACGGCACCCAGAGACGGACCCCAGAACAAGCGGACGAGACCCCGUCCUUUCCCCACCACCACCACCACCACCACCACCACCAGCUCUCCUCGGUUUCUCAUUUCAACCUCCUCGGUACGGUACUCGACUUGAAGCCCCUGCCGCUACACCGACCGCCCUCCGGAGAUGAAAGUAACAAAGCGGCAGCUCUCGAGGACGACGAGACAGAAGUUGGAGCCGUGGACCCCUCGUUGCUAGCUCAGGCCCAUCGCCACCAACACCCCUCGUCGGGGCCGGGGAGCUGCGUGAUGCCGUCCGGUAUGGAGCCGGUGCCGGUGUACAGCGGGGACGAGCUGGACGAAACCGGAGUCGGCGGUGGUGGCGGCGGCGGCGGCAGCGGCUCCUUACCGCCGGCUAGCAGCAUGGCCAUGCUACCUCCCGGUGUGUACGGGGAGCCGGGCUACGAGGCCGAGCCGUCGCUGCUGACUCGGAGAAAGAGCGUAAACACGACCGAGUGUGUGGCCGUGCCGAGCUCCGAGCACGUCGCGGAGAUCGUGGGCAGGCAGGGCUGUAAGAUUAAGGCACUCCGGGCCAAGACCAACACCUACAUUAAAACGCCGGUGAGGGGCGAGCAGCCGGUCUUUGUUGUGACGGGGCGCAAGGAAGAUGUGGCCAUGGCGAAGAGGGAGAUCCUGUCGGCAGCUGAACAUUUCUCCCUCAUCAGAGCUUCUCGAAACAAGACGGGCCCUGUGCCUGCUGCGACCGGCGUAGGGGCCCCUGCCCUGCCCGGACAGACAACCAUUCAGGUGCGGGUACCGUAUCGUGUUGUUGGGUUGGUCGUGGGUCCCAAAGGGGCAACCAUCAAACGCAUUCAGCAACAGACGCACACCUACAUUGUGACGCCGAGUCGCGACAAAGAGCCCGUGUUCGAGGUCACCGGGAUGCCGGAGAACGUGGACCGGGCGAGGGAGGAGAUCGAGGCGCACAUCGCCCUCCGCACCGGGACCUGCGGGGGCAUCGAGGUUCCAGGCGUGGACAACAACGACUUCCAGUUCAACGGGACGGACGUCAGCUUCGAGGCCUCCGCGGGGCCCGCCGGGUUGGGGGAGGCCGGUUGGCUCCACGCAGGGACCUCAUCGCCAGCUGGCGGCAGCAUGCUGCCGGGGAACGUCAACGGUACUCAGCGAGUCAAUAGCAAUAUUAGCAGCGGCGUCAAGAUGUCUUCCACCUACCGCAACGACAGCUCCAGUUCUCUGGGCAGCGGCUCCAGCUCGGCCGAUUCUUUCUACGGCGGCGGGAACGGCAAUCGAAUGUCAGAUUUCAGCCCGAACUGUCCAUAUAAUGCCAACGCUAACAACAACAACAACAGCGGCGGCGGCGGCGGCGGCGGCGGUGGCGGCAGUACGAGUUUCUGGUUCGGGGAGAGUCUCCUUCCCGUUGGGUCUGAGGAGCUGGUCGGCCUGGGGGGCGGAGGCUCCUCCUCAGGAUUUGACCCAUUAACCAUUUCCACUGCCCACGCCUCACACCCUCCUCCUGCACAGCCACACAUCUGGAGCGCCUUCGUGGACCACCAGCCCCCCCAGGCGUUCGAUGCUCUCCAGUCUCAGACCAGUCAGCCUGGGACGCCCCGGCUUUCUCCAACCUUCCCGGUGAUCGAAGCCUUGGAGCACCCUCAGGCCCAGCGGGUUCUCCGCGGUCCUUUCGGCUCGGCCGGGACCCUCGACGCCCAGAGGUUCCCCUCGUACAGCUCGGCCUUCUCCUCCUCCGGAGAAAGCACCGCCUCCUCGUCCUCUCCUCCCGAAUCCUCCCUCUCCUAUCGCCCGGGGCUCGGAUCAGUGGGAAGAGGGCAGGAGAUAUGCAUCAACUGUAUGGAUAACCAGGUGAUCGCCGCCUUGGUUCCUUGCGGCCAUAACCUCUUCUGUCUAGAUUGUGCCACCCAGAUAUGCCAGGGUCCAAAAGCUGCGUGCCCCGUGUGCCUGUCCCCAGCCACGCAGGCCAUUCAGCUCCGCAAUAUGUGAUUUUAAUCUGUCCACCUUGACGGCGAUCUCGAUCACCUUGACGAGGGAUCAGCCUCCCCGACACUCGUAACCCGCGUGGGGGGAACUUACAAAACUGACCCCGAAUAAGCGUCUAGGUUUUUCUUCACCACUCCGGCACUGUUGAAGCCGGUGUUUGGUCGAUAUGUGAGUAGGCGAAUUAGGAAUGAUCUUUAAUUAGGGCAUGGGUUAGGGUUGUUCAGCCACGUGCCUGUAUUGUGAAGUCUUCUUCCUUCAUUGAUUGAUCAACGGGAGGGUCACAAGCCCUCCAUGUAGCAUUGGGUGGGUCGGGAUAUACAUAUAUAUACAUAUACCUUUGUAUAUAUAGGAUUUCUGAUUUACAUUUUCUUUUCUCCUUUAUCCUUUUAGUAAUUGUUUUCUGCCUAUCUAUACAUUUAAUUUCUUCUAAAUCUAUAUUGAAUGCUAUUAGAAACAUAACAUUGACUUUCGGGCCAAAGUCAAGGUUUUUUUUUUUUUAAUUUUGGUCUACAUCUCAAAAAUUUAUUUUUCCUUCUUUCUUUUCUUUUUUUUCUUUUUUUAAAUUUGCUGCUACAGAUUUUAUGUGACGAACUAUGGUCCAGCCCUUUUGUGCUCGUGUCAGGAAACACAGAGUCGUAUACUACAAAAUUCAGAUGCUGCAGUGAACCCGAUACGCUACACCCUCCUCUCAGACUCCACCUUCUUAUGUCACAUAAUUUGAGAAAACAUUAAUAGGAUCGUUUAAAAAAAAAAAAGGAUGUUUACAUUCUGCAGAUCGUAAAUCCGACUCUUUGAGCAUCGCCGAUUGAUCCGCAUGCAAAACGCACCCACCCAGGCUUUUUAAAACCCCACUGGGUCCAACCUUCAACUGCAAAGUUGUCACACUCCAGUGUCAGCCUCUUGUCGUCUCAGGGUUCUUUCUUUCCCAGAAUAGAACCAACAAGUGGGUAACUCCUUUGUUUUGUUUUGUUUUUUUUGUAGAGUACUGGGAUGUUACACCACUUUUCGUAUCGCCACGUAGCUUUCCAUUUAUACCUAAAAAAAAAAAAAAAAAAAAAACUGUUUACGCUAAACUUGUGCCUGAUUCCGUUCCGAGUAAACAAAAGAAACAACCGGUUCAGCGGACACAACACAGUGUUGCUCUGUCUUCAGACUUGUGGCCUUUUUGGAAAGCCUAUAAUUAACUCACAACACUAUCUACAAAGAUCCUGGGCUCAAAAGAACACAAGCCGACAGACCGAAGUCUUAAUGUAUUUUUUUUUUUUUUUGUUUAAUCUCUUAAAUACAUCUUGGUGGAACCAAGGUUUUAUCAUAGGGAUGCUUUCUUUUGCUUACUAAUUUGAUUUCUGAAGUAUGUAGUAUUGCUUCAUCCUUUCAGCACCAAACACUCUCGUUUUAGUUGUGUCUUCACAGUUUUCCCCUCUUUUAUUUUCUUAAGUUGCCUCUUAGUUUGUAUGUUGGUGACAUUGUUUUGUGGGAAACCAUGUGCCAGAUUUCAGGCAGAAAGAUAUGCACAGCUCGUACCUUUGGCAACAUUCCUCUUCCCCGGCAUUGCGGUCACUUUUGUAGACGGUGUAAGCGUGGCUAAUUACUUAAACCUCACCUGGGGGCCAGAGGAGCUGAUAUAUAUAUAUAUAAUCUGAAACGCUACUGCGAAGACAGCUGUGAUCUGGAACAAAUCCCCGUACUGUACGGACAGUCGUCUGGCAAUUUUUUAUUUUUAUUUCAUUUAUUUUUUCUUCCUUUCUUAUAAAGCCAUCUCAGUAAUAUCCCUUUCUUUCACUUGAAUGUUGAUUCACUUGGACUGCACCGCCCUGUGGCUGACCUCGUCACUCCUUAAGCAGUCAAAAGUAAAAUAAUUCCACUGGGAUGUCAAAUUGAGAUGAAGGCCACCCGUUGCUUUACAGUCCCACAUCUUAUCUUGCCUGGCCUAUGCAAAAAAAAAAAAAAAAAAUCAUCUCAUAUAUUAUCCUGUCAAGGAAGCAGAAGAUAAAUUAAACUCCUCUGGUUUUUAAUUACAGAGCUCAAACUAACUGGAGCUGGAACACGUACGCAGACACAUCCCUUCUGCUUUCCUACGAUAUUUCAGUGUCUGUGUUUGUCUUCGUUCGCGAGACACUUCGAUGGUACACACUCGGCUUCUGUUCAGCGCUGUGCACCACUAAGCACACGCCAUGUCUUAUCACACUAUUGACAAGCUGGGACGAGCGCAUUGUUAUUUUUUUUUUUUUGUUUUUUGCCUUUCCUCCCCCUCCCGCGCGCCGAUCCGUCAUCGGCUCGUCUUCGGUAAAAGUGUAGACAACGCGCAAAUUGGUGGAAAUCAUCUCAAACCUUAGCUUUAAACACCGGCGUCUCUAGACUUUUACGGGACUGAACAAGUUGAGGGGACGCGGCCGAGGGGAAGGGAAGGGAGGAGGGGGAGGCAGCUGGAAUGAUUUCAUCUGGGACCGGCACCACGUAAGGUCAAUACUGUUGCUUUGUUGUGUGGACAUUGGACUGCAGUCCGUCUGGCAUUCCAGCUGUAAGCAGUGUUUUGGAGGCGUUAUCGCUUUCGCUCUGUUUCUUAAAAAAAAAAAAAAAAUUGUCCCUUUCGUGGGUCACUGAGUUUUCUCGAGGAAACGGAACCAAACGAGUCCCAAAAGUGCAAAAAAAAAAAACCACACAUCUUGUCCCGCGCCCUCGAGUCUCCUAUCCGUCCCAUCAUUAUACUACGAUAUAUAUUUUACUUCAGCUCUGCGGAGGGUCUUCGCUCUCGUUCUUUCUCUCUCUCUCUCUCUGGGGGAAUGCAAUACACGGUCGGCCCUCGGUUUAAAUCUAGUGACAUUUUUGUGUAUGUAUUAUAUAAAAUAUUACUGUUUAAUGACUGAUAAAUACACAGAACUUAUUUUUUAUUUUGUUACAUUUCAUAUAUACAUAAAUAUAUCUAUAUUAAAAUGUUUACAAUAAGAUUUUUUUAUUUUUUAUUUUUACCUUUAUUUUUUUCUCUCUCUCUCUCUCUCGAUUGAUUAAGUGAAUGAAGAGUUGGAAACCCAGAAAGGUUGCAGGCGAGUGUCAGUGCUAUCUGCUUGUAGUCUAGAUAUUAGUUUCCAGUAUUUGGUGAUAAUAGUGUUGAUAGCCGCCGUUAAAACCUAGUGGAAAGUGGAAUGUGCAUCGCAAGCAUGUCUUCAUCAUUUACCGCCAAUGUAAAACUUCACACUGCAACUGUAAAAAGGCCAAGGAUUCAAGCUGCCUGUCAUGUCUGUACAACACCAAAUUAAGAACGGUAUAUUAUUAAAAAAUGUAUCUUAGAUUAUCUAUAUAUAAGUACAUUUACUGUUGAGCUGUACCAACAAUUCAAAGUAUUUGCUAAUUUUACUACACUUUUGUUAUGUAUAUGUAGGGGGAGUCUUAAGGCAUAUAUAAAUUCUUCAAAUUGAGUCAGGAGUUUAAAAGCAGACUAUAUUUUAUAACGGCCUUUUAAGUUAUUGCGGCCAAAGCACUGAUAUUAUAUAUUUGCUGUAAAGAGAAUUUAAGAGUUUUAUUUUUCUGAUAUUAAAGUUACUUAAUAAAGACGGUUUCGUUUAAAGCCA